AUGGCACCGCCGAACAGACGUAACGAAAGGGAGCGGAAUCGUGUGAAACAAGUGAAUCAGGGAUUUGCUCUGCUGAGGAAUCAUAUCCCAUCAUUGGCUAAUACCAAGAAACUCUCCAAAGUGCUGACCCUGAGGAGUGCAGUCGACUAUAUCAGAACACUCGAACGGCUCCUUCACGAUGAUCAUGGAAUCGCUUACAAUGACAAUCAGGUCGCUCACUACUCUCAUAGUAUGCCGUAUCAACAUUCGACACCACAUCCGAUGGAACGGAUAAGUCUGCAGGAGAACAUGCUCCCAUUGCAAUCAUCAACUCCGGAGAGCACGACAUCUUCUUCGUGUUCUGUAGAUCUUCAGAUGUUUGCUGAUCAGUGGCAAGAUUGGCAGUGUAGAUGA